UCCCUCUUUACGCUCCUCUUCCGGUCCGGCGCGGGAAGGCGCCGGAAGUGGCCCCAUAGCGGCCGCGGCGGGGGGAGCUCGGCGGCGCCAUGGCGGAGGAAGUCCAAAAGCAUUCUGUGCACACACUUGUGUUCAGGUCUUUGAAGAGAACCCAUGACAUGUUUGUAGCUGAUAAUGCCAAGCCUAUCCCAUUGGAUGAAGAAAGUCACAAGGUGAAGAUGGCAGUCAAGCUGCGCACGGAGUACGGCUCAGUGCUGCACAUGCCCACGCUCAAAGAGAACCUGAGGGAGAAAGGAGGCCCCAACACCGGCGAUCCCUAUGGACACAAACAGUACUCUGGAAAUCAAGGGCAAGAAGUUGAGUAUAUGGUAACUGGUACUCACCCGUACCCAUCUGGGCCUGGUGUGGCUUUGACAGCAGAUACUAAGGUCCAGAGGAUGCCAAGUGAAUCUGCAGCACAGUCCUUAGCUGUAGCACUUCCUGCUUCCCAGUCCAGGCUGGAUGCAAACCGGACAGCUGCUGGUGUGGGUGACAUUUACAGGCAUGCUGGCAUAUCUGAGCGUUCCCAGCCUCCUGGGAUGUCUGUGGCUAUGGUGGAAGCUGGUGGAAACAAAAAUUCUGCAUUAAUGCCAAAGAAGGCUCCAACCAUGCCCAAACCUCAGUGGCAUCCACCUUGGAAACUGUACAGAGUUAUCAGUGGUCAUCUGGGCUGGGUGAGAUGUAUUGCAGUAGAACCAGGAAAUCAGUGGUUUGUUACUGGCUCUGCUGACAGAACCAUAAAGAUUUGGGACCUUGCUAGUGGCAAAUUGAAAUUGUCUUUGACGGGACACAUCAGUACUGUACGCGGGGUGAUAGUGAGUGCAAGAAGUCCAUACCUCUUUUCUUGUGGAGAAGACAAACAAGUGAAAUGCUGGGAUCUUGAAUACAAUAAGGUUAUCAGACAUUACCACGGUCAUCUAAGUGCUGUUUAUGGCUUAGACUUGCAUCCAACAAUAGAUGUGCUGGUGACAUGCAGCAGAGAUUCAACAGCACGAAUUUGGGAUGUAAGGACAAAAGCCAGUGUGCACACGCUGUCAGGACACACAAAUGCAGUAGCAACUGUGAAGUGCCAAGCUGCAGAACCACAAAUUAUUACAGGCAGUCAUGAUACUACCAUACGGCUCUGGGACUUGGUAGCAGGAAAAACUCGUGUUACUUUAACAAAUCACAAGAAAUCUGUAAGAGCAGUAGUGCUACAUCCAAGACAUUACACAUUUGCAUCUGGUUCUCCAGAUAAUAUUAAGCAGUGGAAAUUCCCAGAUGGAAACUUCAUUCAGAACCUCUCUGGUCACAAUGCUAUUAUAAACACACUGGCUGUAAAUUCUGAUGGUGUUCUGGUCUCAGGAGCUGAUAAUGGCACUAUGCACCUUUGGGACUGGAGAACUGGAUACAAUUUCCAGAGAGUACAUGCAGCUGUACAGCCGGGUUCUUUGGACAGUGAAUCAGGAAUAUUUGCUUGUGUUUUUGACCAGUCAGAAAGCAGAUUGCUAACAGCUGAAGCUGAUAAAACCAUAAAAGUAUACAAAGAAGAUGAUACUGCGACUGAAGAAACUCAUCCUGUCAGCUGGAAACCAGAAAUUAUCAAGAGAAAGCGAUUUUAGUGCGGCAACAUACUACUUCUGUAAUUUUGUUUUGGCUUUCCUGAGAGCAUUCGGUCAGAUUUUGUUCUGCCUAGAACAGCAGAGCAAGAAGUCAGCUAAGUCAUUGCUAUUUCAACAUAUUGUAUAAUAAAUUUUAUUUCUCUUUCCGUCUGUCUUUUUUUUUUGUUGUGAUUCCAGCAAACCAGUUGAAUCUUAACUUUGUGAAGCAUGUAUGGUUCAUGAAAAAGAUAGGUGUGCAGGUCAUUAUUUUCUUAGACUUACAUUCAAUAGAUUUUUAUAAAAAUAUUUUGAUGAGCUAGGUUGUCUGAAACACCCUUGCUUGACCUCAAAAGUUAAUCACAAAUUUAUGCAUAGAAGUCAUCUUCUGGAAGUUUCUUAGGGACACUUUCAGAUUUUAGACCAAUAUUGUUUAUUGUACAUAGGCUAAGUACUAAAUUAGAGUUACUGAGUAAUUUGCAAACAAGCAGGACAGCACAAUAAUAAGGUAGUUUGCUUUAUAAACAUGGCCACUGAACAUUGCUGGUGCUGUGUUAUUGAAUGAAAUGGAUCUUCAGAGUGUAUCUUUCCCCAGGAAAGUGUUUGAAUGGAAGCACUCAUCUUCACUUAGUUACUUCAGAGUGGGCCUUCUAUAGCAAGGACUGCUGUUGAAUCACUUUGUUUGCAGCACCAGUUGACUUUCUUUGUAGAUGAACUGUUUGCUUUUGCCAGUUAUCUAAAGCGUAUAUGGCAGUAGAAUGCAGUGAGUUUUUAAAACUCAGCUACAGGAAAAGUUCUUAAGUCAUUUAAGCCUUAUUUUACAGGUUGCUGUCUUCCCAUGACCUUAGGAAGGAAUUUAAAAUAAACUUACUGAAAGGUAGUUUGUACGUCUGGAGGGACAAAUCUUUCAUUGGCUCUGCAAAUAGUCACGUAACUAGCAGUAAACAUUAAAACCUCCUUGCUACUGCUUAUCUGUGAUGUCUGUGCUGCUCUAAAGUACUUUCUCUUCACAGGGCAGUGGAGAAAAUCAUUGUCAUCUGGCCAUUCUGUCAUUGGCAAAUUCACUAGUGGUGUUAAUAGCUGCAUUGGCAGGUUUUACACAGGGUAGAUGCUGAGAAUUGGUCUGUGGCCUCAUUGAUAUCAAGCGUUGAUAUCAAGCAGUUCACAAUAAUUAUUUCUAUUCUCUAGCAGUUUGACUUCUUUCAAAUCUAGGAUUUGUGUUAGAGAAGUGAGUUAAUUUCAAUGUAAUUUACAAAAAGCUAGUGAAAUGAUGUGUUGUUUAUAUUA